AUGUAUUCGUGGUGUGAACUAACAAAGCUCGCGCGAAGUAUCGCCGAUUGGAGUCGCGUAGAAGAGCGAAUCGCUUUUCUCCAUCAACUCGAUAGCUUUAUCAGUCAUUGGGAGGGUCCGCUUAACAACCUGCUGAACGUUUUCUCGCACGAGCAAGUCGAGUGUCUUCUCUUUGAUUCCAUAAAUUGCGUGCGCGGAGAAUCGGACGGCGAUCUUCCAGAACGAUUCAUCGAGUUCGUUGCUCGCAGCGGCUUCAAAGCCGGGCCGCCCGAGCUCGACGCGGACGGCAAGCCCGAGCUUUUUCGCGACACGCCGAUCCUUCUAGCGGCUAAAAAAGAUCAGCGCCGAUGCGUCGAGUUGCUGUUCGAAAUCUACGACGAUAGAUUCGACGCGAAUUACCUCGACGUCGAGACCGGCUACACGCAUUUCCAUGUGGCCUGCAGUUUAGGUUACGUAGACGUCGUCGAAAAAUUUCUCGAGCUCGGCGAGGUCGAUGUCGAUCUGCGGGUCGGCAUGACGAAUGACACCCCCCUGCACUUGGCCGCGCUGCACGAGCACAGGAGCUCGAUGGAAUUGCUGCUGAGACACGGCGCGAAUCCGAACUCGACCAACUUCUCGAAGAUGACUCCUCUGCACAUUGUAUGCAAGAAGAGAGAUGAGGACGGCGAGCUGUUGCGACUGAUCUUUGAUAUCUGCGAGGAAAACCGUCGUCCGCUGGAGAUCGACGCCCGAGACGAGGACGGCCAUACGGCGCUGCACUUGGCUCUGCGCCAUAAUGGUAACUUGACUAAUGCGAUCCAACUGCUGCUCAGAAAUGGCGCCGAUCCGAACGCAGCCAACGAGGACGGAUUGACUGUUUUUCAUUUGGUUUGUCAGAUGGACCGCGACGGUAGCUUGGCGGAGAUGUUCCUCGAGAUGAGCCGCGAGCUAGGCAAGCCGGUGGACAUCGACGCUCGGGACGUGGAGGGCGACUCGCCCCUGCACGUGGCUCUGAAGUUCGAGUCCAAGAGGUUGGUCGAGCUGUUGCUGAGACGAGGCGUCGAUCCCAAUUUGCCCAACUGGGAAGGAGAGACUCCUCUGCACGUCAUCUGCGAGAAUGACGAGGGGGACGAGGAUGGUUUGGCAAGGCUAUUCUUCGCCGUCUGCGACGAGAUAGGUCGCGCGGUGCACAUCGAUGCUGGGACCGCUUGGGGCAACACUCCGUUGCACGUAGCUCUGGCCCAAGGACAGCCGGAGCUGAUCGAGAGGCUGAUGAGACGAGGCGCCGAUUCCACGAAAGCCAACGACGAGGGAGUCACGCCUCUGCACCUCGUUUGCAAGAGAGAUUGGUCGGUGGAGAUCAAUUGGUUGGAGACGUUCUUCGGUAUAAACGACGAGCUGGGGCGUACGUUGUCGAUCAACGCCCGGAACCGGAGGGGCCUGACACCGCUGCACUUGGCCACGAUGUGGGGCACCGAGGCGAUUAUCCGGGCGCUGCUGCGAAGAGGCGCCGAUCCCCGAGUGGCCGACGAGAAGGGAGAGACUCCGCUGCACAUCGUCUGCCAGAAGCGCAGCAGCGACUUGGCGACUGCGCUGCUCGACGAGAGCCGCCUGGAGUAUCGGCCCGUGCCGCUGGACGCCCGCGAUGAGUGGCUCGGCCAGACGCCGCUGCACCACGCCCUGAUACACGACAAUCGAGACGCGGCCGUGUGGCUGCUCAGACGGGGCUGCGAUCCGAAUUGCGUCGACAACGAUGGAUCUAGCCCUCUGCACAUCGUUUGCCGGAGAAAAGACGACGAUGGCUUGGCAGAGACGUUCUUCGAGAUCGUCGACGAAAACAAUCAGUGGGUGCAGGUCGACGUCCGGGACGAGCGGGGACGGACGCCGCUUCAAUGCGCCGUGGCGAAUCUGCUGCCCAAUGCCGUCGACGCGCUGCUGACUCACGGCGCCGAUCUGACGAGCUUCUCGUUUCCCGCCCGGAUCAGCUUCUUCUGGGGAUUCGACGACGAACGCUCCGAUUGGGCGAAAUUGAAACUGGCCGCCCGCGCCAUGGCCUGCUGCGAGCUGCUCGAGGCGAGAGGCUACGAAACGGACCGAGCCGACGACCUCAAAGUCAUGAGAUUCUUCGACGAGCACGAAUUGUUCUUGCAUCACGGCGAAGGUUGGCACGACGACGAGUUCACGGUGGAUGCGAAAAAAAUAACGAUAAAGCCGGGACUGUCGCUCCACGACUUGAUCGAGUUGCCGGCCCGAGAGACGGCGAGACGAGUCACGUGUCACCAGUUCUUCAAGUUUUUGCGCAAACCCGAAAAUGCGCUCGUCCUCGCGAGGUAUUGCGAGGAUUGCCUUCGGCAUCUGCGCGAAAAAAUAUCGAGUAGUUUUUUCCGGUACUGGGCAUUGGAGCCUUUGAUGGAGCUGACGCACUGCCGACUGCCGAUUCUCUGCUGCAAGAUGAUCACCGAAAAUCUGUCGAACGAAGAUUUGUAUAAUAUUUGCUUGGCGGCUGAGGGCCAAAGCUCGCGAUGUCAGCGAGCAUAA